AUGGAUCGCCAACGGGCUGAGAUGCUGAUAAAGAUUGCCCGAGUGCGCCUCCAGUGUGGGAGGACGGAAGACGCCUUGAAUUACCUUUACCAAGCCCAGAGCCUCUUUCCGACUCGUACGGCGGCCGGGCUCAUACAAGCCAUACGGGGCGGUUGGUUUGAAGCAGAGAGGGCCUUCUAUGAGCCGCCCCACAGCCAUUAUAGCGGCUGCUGGCAAAACGCCAACCAUUACGCCGGUUGUGGCAGUUGCGGUAGGCCUGCAUUCCACCAGCAUGAUGACGAAGAAGAGGAGGAUGAUGAUGACGAGGAAGAAGACGACGACGAUGAUGAGGAGGAAGAAGAGGAAACACAGGAAGAAAAGGUCACCCAAGGGUUUGCUGACACAGACAACUACUACAGCGUGCUUGGAGUUAGAAAAGAUGCCAGCGAGGACGUUCUGCGCAAGGCCUAUCGGAAGUUGGCGUUGCGGUACCACCCUGACAAAAACAGCUCUCCGGGUGCCACAGAGGCCUUCAAGGUUAUUGGGAAAGCAUUCGCCGUUCUCAGUGAUCCAGCUAAAAGGAAAGUUUAUGAUGAGUCACAAAGCCGAACACAAGCUUCCCCAGAAGCAGACAUGUCAACCAAUGACGUCUUUGAUAUGUUCUUCAGGGGUCACUAUUCAGCCCGAGCGGCCUACGGCUUUAAUGGUCAUCCAAGAGAGCAAAGGCGAGCAAGCAGAGAAGAUGAUGGAAGAUGGCAGAGGUGGGCAGCUGGAGAGGAGAGACAGGACAUACCAAGAUGGCAAAGGGAGGAGAUGAGGCAUAACACGGAACAAGAGUGGAGAUGGAGAGAAGAGAUGUAUAACGAAGGGAGAAGACAGUGGCAGUGGGAGAAAGAUCAGAAACAAGAUGGCGGACAACCAAAAUGGCAGAAGGAAGCCAAGCGGGAGCCAGGCAGGCCAAAAACUCAGCAAGAAAGGAGGCAAGAUGCUGGAAGGACCAGCCCAAAGUGGUGGGAAAAGAAAGGUCAAGACAACCGAAAAUCAAGGUGGCGUGAAGAAAUGGAGAAACAAAAUCUCAGACGGCCAAGGAGACCAGAGGAGGAAGAAGAAGGAGGUCGGCCCAAAAAUGCAUACUCUGCUUUUAUCCAGGUCCUCCCAGUGCUUAUUCUUGUGGUGGUCUCUGUGGUGGCUCAGUUGACCGCCACCACACCACCAUACAGUCUCCAUCCUAGACCGUCUUCUGGCUUAACCAUCUCCAGGGAAACCAGCAGCCGCGGAGUCCCAUACUAUGUCGGGCAAAAUUUUCACACACGUUAUCGAGGGCCAGCUCUGGCAGAGCUGGAGAGGGCUGUGGAGAAAGAGUAUGCAGAACAAGUCCAGGCCGGAUGUUGGAGAGAGAAACAACAAAGAUCUGAUCUAGCCAAUCUGGCUCGGCUCUAUAGGGACGAGAGACUAAGAGAAAAAGCCGACACUUUCAAAAUGGAGAACUGUCGCAAGUUGUCAGACCUCAUAGGUAUACGCAGAGGUGGCUAA